GGCUCUGCGCAGUUCGCAUUACACCGCCGACAUGUCGCUGGGUAAGUCCGUGUACCAUCUUCUCUUCAGGAGAACGUCCACUUUCGCUGUAACCAUCAUGGUUGGAGCAGUUUUCUUCGAACGGUUAUUUGACCAAGGCGGUGACGCUAUUUUUGAGCAAAUGAACCGGGGGAAACUAUGGAAGCACAUCAAACACAACUACGAGAACAAAGAGGAAGAAUAGAAGGCGGCCCGGGGUCAUCUAAGGCUGAAGUGCAACUGUUGUCACACUUCCAUCACCCAUUCUUCCUGGACUACACACCUGAGACAAGCAGCAGUCAUCAUGGACUAUGUGUUCAAUGUCAUGCCCAGACUGACAGCGGCUACCAGAGGAGCUGUGGGAGCUGACUGGUGGUCCAGACCACCGUGAAGAUUGAGCAGCAGUUCCUGUCGCCUCGUCCCCGGUCCUUGUUGUUGUUUGUAAUGCCUUCGCUCUCCUCACAGAUUGUACAUUGUUAAAUUAAACAUGUGUAAAUGUCUUACACAUCUCGCAGUGUUUUGAUUUGCCAUUCGGAUUGUGGCAUGCAUGUGUCAGUGCUAUACGCUCCCAUUGAAUUUGCAACUUUCCUGGGACAUAACUAGUAAUCCUACAGGCAUACACUCUUUUAACGUUAUGUAAUUUGAAUGUGUGUGUUGAGCUUAACCUGCUAAUUAAAUGAAUAUGUUCGUAUUGAGA